ACAACAAGUUGAAGAAACAAAGAAAUUGGAGGCCCAGCUCAAAGAUGCUAAUGAGAUGAAUGUUCAACACCAAAAAGUGGAGGAGACCAGUCUGUUUGUAGAAUAUUUGAUCAAGGAGCUCCACGGAGCAAAGGUCUACUCAGAGGAGCAAAGGGCCAAAUAUUUAAAAGAGAAAUCAUUGCGGAUCAAACUUCAACAAGUGGUUGAAGAAACAAAAAACUUGGAGGCCCAGCUCAAAGAUGUUGAGGGGCUUGAUGCUCUACUCCAAAGAGCAGAGGAGACCAUUUUCUUGCAGGAAAAAGAGAUGUCUCAGCUUUCUGCAAAACUGGAAUCAAAGGAGAAUGAAAACCAGUCCCUCUGGAUCAAGUUUGAAGGUUUAAAAGACAAGCUUGAAAGGGCAAAUGUCCACUCUGAGGAACAGAAAAAACAGUUCCACAAAGAGAGAGAAAAAUGUCUGGAAGAAGAGCAAUCAUUGCGGAUCAAACUUCAACAACAAGUUGAAGAAACAAAGAAAUUGGAGGCCCAGCUCAAAGAUGUUGAGGAGCUUGAGACUCUACUCCAAAGAGGAGUGGAGGCCAUUUUCUUGCAGGAAGCACAGGUCUGUCAGCUUUCUGCAAAACUGGAAUCAAAGGAGAACGAAAACCAGUCCCUCUUGAUCAAGUUUGAAGAUUUAAAAGACAAGCUUGAAAGGGCAAAUGUUCACUCUGAGGAGCAGAAAAGUCAGUUCCACAAAGAGAGAGAAAAAUGUCUGGAAGAAGAGCAAUCAUUGCGGAUCAAACUCCAAAAGCAAGUUGAAGAAACAAAGAAAUUGGAGGCCCAGCUCAAAGAUGCUGAGGAGUUUGAGACUCUACUUCAAACAGGAUUUGAGACCAUUUUCUCGCAGGAAGAACAGGUCUCUCAACUUUCUGCAAAACUAGAAUCAAAGGAGAAUGAAAACCAGUCCCUCUGGAUCCAGGUAGAGGAUUUAAAAGAAAAACUGGAAAGGGCAAAUGUCCACUCUGAGGAGCAGAAAUGUCAGUUCCACAAAGAGAGAGAAAAAUGUCUGGAAGAAGAGCAAUCAUUGCGGGUCAAACUUCAACAACAAGUUGAAGAAACAAAGAAAUUGGAGGCCCAGCUCAAAGAUGUUGGGGAGCUUGAGGCUCUACUCCAAAGAGGAGUGGAGGCCAUUUUCUUGCAGGAAGCACAGGUCUGUCAGCUUUCUGCAAAACUGGAAUCAAAGGAGAACGAAAACCAGUCCCUCUUGAUCAAGUUUGAAGAUUUAAAAGACAAGCUUGAAAGGGCAAAUGUCCACUCUGAGGAGCAGAAAAGUCAGUUCCACAAAGAGAGAGAAAAAUGUCUGAAAGAAGAGCAAUCAUUGCGGAUCAAACUCCAAAAGCAAGUUGAAGAAACAAAGAAAUUGGAGGCCCAGCUCAAAGAUGCUGAGGAGUUUGAGACUCUACUCCAAACAGGAUUUGAGACCAUUUUCUCGCAGGAAGAACAGGUCUCUCAACUUUCUGCAAAACUAGAAUCAAAAGAGAAUGAAAACCAGUCCCUCUGGAUCCAGGUAGAGGAUUUAAAAGAAAAACUGGAAAGGGCAAAUGUCCACACUGAGGAACAGAAAAAACAGUUCCACAAAGAGAGAGAAAAAUGUCUGGAUGAAGAGCAAUCAUUGCGGGUCAAACUUCAACAACAAGUUAAAGAAACAAAGAAAUUGGAGGCCCAGCUCAAAGUUGUUGAGGAGCUUGACCCCUUACUCCAAAGAGCAGGGGAGACCAUUUUCUUGCAGGAAGAACAGGUCUGUCAGCUUUCUGCAAAACUGGAGUCAAAGGAGAACGAAAACCAGUCCCUCUUGAUCAAGUUUGAAGAUUUAAAAGACAAGCUUGAAAAGGCUAAUGUCCAUGCUGAGGAACAGAAAAAACUGUUCCACAAAGAGAGAGAAAAAUGUCUGGAUGAAGAGCAAUCAUUGCGGUUCAAACUUCAGCAACAAGUUGAAGAAACAAAGAAAUUGGAGGUCCAGCUCAAAGUUGUUGAGGAGCUUGACCCUCUACUCCAAAGAGCAGGGGAGACCAUUUUUUUGCAGGAGGAACAGGUCUGUCACCUUUCCGCAAAACUGGAGUCAAAGGAGAACGAAAACCAGUCCUUCUGGGUCCACAUAGAGGAUUUAACAGACAAACUUGAAAGAGCAAAUGUCCACGCUGAGGAGCAGAAAAGUCAGUUCCAUAAAGAGAGAGAAAAAUAUCUGGAAGAAGAGCAAAUGUUGAGAAUCACACUUCAACAGCAAAUUGACGAAACAAAGAACCUGGAGGCCCAAGUCAAAGAUGCUAAUGAGAAGAAUGCUAAACUCCAAAGAGUAGAGGAGACCAGUCUGUUUCAGAAGGAAUGCAUCUCUCAGCUCUCUACAAACCUACAAUCACAGAAAUAUGAAAACAAGACUCUCUGGAGCCACAUAGACUAUUUGACCAAUGAGCUCCAGGGAGCUAAGGACUACUCAGAGGAGCAGAGGGCUAAAUAUUUAACAGAGCAAUCAUUGCGGAUCAAACUUCAACAAGUGGUUGAAGAAACAAAGAAAUUAGAGGCCCAGCUCAAAGAUACUGAGGAGCUUGAUGUUCUGCUCCAAAGAGCAGAGGAGACCAUUUCCUUGAGGAAGAACAGGUCUCUCAGCUUUAUGCAAAACUAG